AUGGCCCUCCCAGUUGAUUUCCCCUUAAAAGUUGCAGGCGGGAAGACUAUUCAGAUUCCGUCUGUGGGCUUUGGCACCUGGGGUGGAGGUGAUCCAGGGUGGUGUAAAGCCGCUACGUUGACGGCUCUGAAACUGGGAUACAGACAUUUGGAUUGUGCGUGGAUGUAUGGUGUCGAUGAAGAAGUUGGAGCGGCGAUCCGAGAAUCGGGAGUCCCCAGAUCCGAAAUAUUCAUCACGACAAAGUUCUGGCCACACUUCUCUGCGCCCGAGAAUGUGGAAUUGUGCCUGGACCAGUGCUUGAAACGGAUGGGCCUCGACUAUGUCGACCUGUUCCUGGCGCACUGGCCCGUCGCAUUCAAACCGAUAUCGCGAGAGGCCCUUGAGAAUGCGCAUAGCCGUCAGCAAGGCAGCUACGUCCCUACGUGGCAAGCGAUGCAAAAACUCGUGUCAACCGGCAAGACACGAGCGGUUGGCGUCUCCAACUUUUCCAUCGCUGAUGUCAAGGAACUCUUACCGUACGCGCAAGACGUGCCCAUAUCCUGCAACCAGGUCGAGGUCCAUCCAUGGCUCCCAAACAACGAGCUCAUCGCUUUCAUGAAGGAGCACGGCAUCCUGGUCACCUGCUACUCUCCGUUCGCAGGCCAGAAAGCGGAUGGAAAGACACUGCUCAAAGACCCCACGGUCGUGAAACUGGCCGAGAAAAACGGCAUGGACGUCGGACAGUUGCUGCAGAGUUGGGCGGUCCAGAGGGGCACCGUCCCUCUCGGAAAGAGCCAGACAGAAGCCCGAAUCAAAUCGAAUCUCGCAGUGAGGGGGCUGUCGUCAGAGGACAUGCAAGUCCUCAAUGCGCUGGAAAUUCCGGACGGAAAGGGAAGGACAAUUGACCACAUUCAUGACUGGGGCAUCAGACUCUUCACCAACUGA